AUGCGGAGGCCGCAGUUCUACCUCUUCUUAUUGACAACCUUCCUAAGCUUCCUCUCCCUCUCCCUCGCAGCCUCACCAACGUCCUUUUGCAAAUGUACCUGUUUCGGCAACUCGACCAUCGUCGCCCUCGACGCCCCCUCCACCAAGAAGCCCACAACUCCCGAUCUCCGCCAGGGCGCUUCUAAGAAGACAUGCAGCGACUGCAACCGCCAGUUCUGUCUGGGCUAUAGUUUCUGCAAGGGCGAGAAAGAGGAGAACGUGCUCACGACGUGCUUCCAGCGAGACUCGGCGAAGGACCAGGCGAUCGUCUAUGUGUUUAUUGCAGCGACCGUGGGGUUGCUUGGGUGGGCGGGGGUCAGGCCGUGGGUGCAGAGGGUGCGGGAGAGGAGGAAAUUAUAUUUCCAGUUUCUGGGCAGGGCCAAUUGA